CGGACAGGCGGGAGGGCGGGCGAGUGCAGGCCGGACGGGGCCAGGAAGGCGCGGAUGGAGCCGUUCAGCUCGCGCAGCCUCGCGGUGCAGGCGGAGAAGAAGCUGCUGAGCGGGGCGGCGGGCCGAGCGGCGGCCCAGCUGCUGAUCGACGAGACGAGCGGCGAGGUGCUGGACGAGCUGUACCGCGUGUCCAAGGCCUACACGCGUUCGCGGGCCGAGGCCCAGCGGGUCAUCAAGGACCUGGUCAAGGUGGCCAUCAAGGUGAGCGUCCUGCACCGCAACGGGCGGUUCAGCGGGGCGGAGCUGGAGCAGGCGGCCCUCUUCCGCCGGAAGCUGCGCCAGGGGGCCAUGACGGCGCUGAGCUUCGGCCAGGUGGCCUUCACCUUCGAGGCGGCCGUGCUGGCCGGGCUGCUGGCCGAGUGCCGCGACGCCCUGCUGGGCCUGGUCCAGCGCCACCUCACCCCCAAGUCCCUGGGCCGCAUCCGCCACGUCUUCGACCACUUCGCCGACCCGGGCCUGCUGGCCGCCCUCUACGGCCCCGACUACGACGCCCACCUCACCCGCAUCUGCGCCGGCCUCAGCAAGCUGCUGGAGGAGGGGCGCCUCUGAGACCCCCCCCACCGGGCCCGGACUGCUGGGGCAGGGGAGGCUCUCAGGCAGACUGCUGGGGGGAGGGGUGGUUCUGAGGCCCUCCACCCCACCCCGGGACAAGAGGAGGUGCCAGCGGCCCCGACUGCAGGGGGAGGGGCGGCUGGGGAUCUCCCCCACCCCACCACCCUCGGGCCCAGAGGGCCCUAGACUCUGAGACACCCCUCCCCACCCUCCGGCCUAGAGUGCUGGGGGUGGAGCACUCUGAGCGCCCCGCACCCGCAGGUGGGGAGGAGGUGAUCCUGACUGCUCUGGGGGCAGUUGUGGGAGCCGGGGUGGGGGAGGGGUAGGCGGGCACGGCCUCCGAGGGGAGGAAGGGGACAUCGCCUAAGCCUGCCGCAAACACGCACGCACGCACCCACAGGAUGACACCCAAACCCAGACACGCACACACACACAGGCCAACAGUCCCACAGCGUCAGAGGCCGCACAGCAUACGCACCCUGACACAGGCACCCAAGGACGGACACACACACACAGACACACACACACACGUGCACACACACGCUCAGCCCCACUCUCACACUCGGCCGGGCUCUGGGCGGGUGGGGGGUGGGGAGCUGCCUCCCCACUGCACUGGGGGGGGGUCUCAGCACGGCCAAUGGUCGCCCCCGCCCCUCCCCCGCUCCCUGCCCUUCCCCCACACUCCCCGCCGACCCAGAGAGGAACUAGGAGCGCGGGUCCUCGCGGGUCCUCACCGCCAGCCGGAAACGGAGCCGAGCAGGCAGCCAAAGGCGAAGUGAAACAGGAGCAGCCGCUUCCCACGCCGCCGGGGGUCGGAGGUCGGCGAGGCACAAGACAAGCCACGAGGGGUCGGAGGGGCUGAGGGGCUUCCCCCGGGGAUGGACACGAGGCCCCGACGCGGAUGGACACACGGGGGAGGGGGCAACCGCACGCAGGAAAUAAAAAGGCGUGAAACCCGG